UUACACGGCCAAGUCGCUCAAGCCCAUGACUCAAGUCCGACUCAAGCCCGUGACUCAAGCCCAACUCAAGCCCGUGACUCUAGUCCGAUUCAAGCCCGACUCAAGCCCGUGACUCAAUUCC